UGUGAGUGGUGGAUAUUUCAGGCGGUGGAGUAGGGAGUAGGAGGGAGCAAGGGGGAAGGAGGGAGCAAGGGGGAGGGAGAGAGGGAGGCAGGGAGACGUGACUGGAGUUCGCAACGAGACGAGGCGCCCACUGCGCUCAGGUCUGGCACGGCGAGGCCUCCAGAGCGUUCCCAGCUCUCCCUCUCGUCCUGUUUCACCGGUCCCCCCGACUCUCCCUUCUCUCACACUCUUCUCUCUCCCCGACUCUCCCCGCUCACCCUACUUUCCUACUAUCCCCGCUCUCGUGCCCCCCCCCCUCUCCCAGUUCUCCCGCUCUCGCUGCCACUCUUUCCGUCUCCCACUCUCUCCCACUCUCCCAUUUCUCCCCAUUUUCCCAAUUCUCCCCACUCUCCCAUUCUCCCACCCUUCAACUUCUCUGUUCUCUAACUCUCCCUGCUCUCCCACUCUACCCAAUAAUUCCACCAUCUCUGCACGGCCAGUUCUCCCUGCACUCCGAGUUCUCCUUGCUCUUUCACUCUUCCUGUCUCCCACUCACCCCCUACUCUCCCAUCUCCCCCCCCCCCCCCCCCACCACGCUCUCUCACCGCACAACGAAGAGUGGGAGCCGAGGUGGAAACCGCCCUCCCAUGCGUGGGUCGUGCAGGGGCGAGUGAGCGGCGUGGAGUCACCUACAGCGGAGAGGUGAGAGAGAGAGAGGUGGGGUGGGUGCGGGGAGUCGGGUGAGCGCUGCUGGUGGAGAUGUCUCGCGUCAAGCAGGUGGGGCUGCUGGCUGCCGGGUGCCAGCCGUGGAACAAAGACGUGUGCGCGGCCAGCGGAGGCCGCUUCGCCUACUGCGCUACGCUCGCCAUCUACGUGUACGAGCUGGACCAGCGCUACAAUGAGUUCAAGCUGCGCGCCAUCAUGUCCGAGCACAAGAAGACGAUCACGGCGAUCGCGUGGAGCCCGCACAGCGCCGACGUCUUCGCCAGCGCCAGCGCCGACAGCCUCCUCGUGGUGUGGAACGUGGCCGAGCAGCGCGUGGUGGCGCGGCUAGACGCCACUAAAGGCGUGCCGGCGUCGGUGAGCUGGUGCUGGAACGCGGGCGACGCGGUAGCGUUCGUGUCGCACCGCGGGCCGCUCUACGUGUGGACGGCGAGCGGCGCCGACGGCGGCGUCGUCAUGCACAAGGAGGCGCACUCGUUCCUCUCCGACAUCUGUCUCUUCCGCUGGCACCCGCGCAAGGCCGGCAAGCUCGUGUUCGGCCACACCGACGGCAGCCUCUCCAUCUUCCAGCCAGGUUGGAAGAGCCAGAAGCACGUGCUGCGCCCCGAGUCCCUGGAGGGCACAGACGAGGAGGACCCCGUGACGGCGCUCGAGUGGGACCCCCUCUCCACCGACUACCUCCUCGCCGCCAACCUGCACAACGGCAUCCGCCUGGUGGACGCCGACUCGCUCGUGUGCAUCACCGCCUUCGCCCUGCCCGGCGCUGCCGCCUCCGUGCAGUGCCUCGCCUGGGUGCCCAGCGCGCCCGGCAUGUUCGUCACGGGCGACUCCCAGGUGGGCGUGCUGCGCGUGUGGAACGUGUCGCGCACGACGCCGCUCGAGCACUUCAAGCUGAAGAAGACGGGAUUCCACGCGCUGCACGUGCUCAGCUCGCCCCCGCGCCACAAACCGGUGCCGCGGGAGUCUCCGACGAGGGGCCAGCACACGUCGUCGACGAGCGAGGCGGUGCCGCCCCCCACGUGGUCCCAGAGCCGCGCGUUUUCCCUGCCCCCCGGCCACGCCGUUUGCUGCUUCAUGGACGGAGGCGUCGGCCUCUACGACAUGGGCGCCAAGAAGUGGGACUUCCUGCGCGACCUGGGUCACGUGGAGACGAUCUUCGACUGCAAGUUCAAGCCGGACGACCCGAGCCUGCUGGCGACGGCGUCGUUCGAUGGCACCGUGAAGGUGUGGGACAUCAACAGCAUGCGCGCCGUACACACGUCGCCCGGCAACGAGGGGGUCAUCUACUCGCUCUCCUGGGCGCCCGCGGACCUAAACUGCAUCGCUGGCGCCACGUCUCGGAACGGCGCCUUCAUCUGGGACAUCAAGAAGGGCAAGAUCAUCACGCGCUUCAACGAGCACGGCAAAAACGGCAUCUUCUGCAUCGCGUGGAGCCACAAGGACUCGAAGAGGAUUGCCACAUGCAGCGCCGAUGGAUACUGCAUCAUCCGCACGGUGGACGGGAAGGUUCUGCACCGCUACCGCCACCCGGCCGCCGUCUUCGGCUGCGACUGGAGCCAGAACAACAAGGACAUGAUCGCGACGGGCUGCGAGGACCGCAGCGUGCGCGUCUACUACCUGGCCACGAGCUCCGAGCAGCCGCUCAAGGUGUUCACGGGCCACACGGCCAAGGUGUUCCACGUGCGCUGGUCGCCGCUGCGAGAGGGCAUCCUGUGCAGCGGCUCCGACGACGGCACGGUGCGCAUCUGGGACUACACGCAGGACGCGUGCAUCAGCGUGCUGGCGGGGCACCAGGCGCCUGUGCGAGGCCUCAUGUGGAGCCCCGAGGUGCCGUACCUGCUGGCGUCGGGCAGCUGGGACUACUCGAUCCGCGUGUGGGACACGCGCGACAGCACCUGCCUCGACACCGUGGCCGACCACGGCGCCGAUGUCUACGGCCUCACGUGCCACCCGAGCCGGCCGUUCACCAUGGCCUCGUGCUCGCGCGACUCCACCGUGCGCCUCUGGUCACUGGCACCGCUUGUGUCGCCGCUCAUGAUCAGCAUCCUUGCCGAGAGGCCCUGGGACGAGAUCAUCGGCAACACCGAGCGGGUGAUGUCCCCCGGCGCCCCCCCGCUGCUGUGCGGCAAAGCCUCCAAGGACAUCAGGCAGGAGGUGGAGAAGCUGGGGGGUGACGCGCACGCCAAGAAGCUGCGCUGGUUCUCCGAGUUCUUCUCCCCGCCGGGCGGCAGCAGGAACCUCUGGGACCUGGUGGCCGUGCUCCGUGGCCAGGAUGACGGCACGCUGCCCCCCGACUACGCCAAGGGCAUCAUGCACAUGCGGCACCUCGUCAAGUACAAGACGUCAGAGGCGCAGGAGCUGACCACGGUGAAGAUGUCUAAGUUCGGCGGGGGGAUCGGGGCGCCCAGCAAGGAUGAGCGCCUGCAGGAGGCGGCGCAGAUUCACCUGCGCCUGGGCCAAAUCCAGCGCUACUGCGAGCUCAUGGUGGAGCUGGGAGAGUGGGACAAGGCCCUCUCGGUGGCUCCCGGAGUCUCCAUGUCGUACUGGAAGAAGCUUAUGCAGAGACGUGCUGAUCAGCUGGUGGAGGAGGAGGAUGACGCGGUGAUCCCGUGCUGCGUGGCCACGGGCGACGUCCGCAAACUCGUGCACUUCUUCUGCUCGCGAGGCCAGCUCGCGGACGCCGUGCUCCUCGCGCAGGCCGCGUGUGAAGGGAACAUCCUGGAGGCGGUGAUCCCCAGCGAACCCCGCUCCCCCGGCGACGCAGCCCCCUCCUCAGAGAGCCACGCCGGGCUGCUGCGCCGCGUGAGUGGAGAGCUCGCCGAGUGGUAUUUCCGCGACGGGCAGGCCAUCAUGGCUGCCUGCUGCCACCUGGCCAUCGAUGAGGUGGAGCUGGCCGUGUCCAAGCUGGUGCGGGGUAACGAGCUGGAGCUGGCGGUGACCGUCGGGGUGGUACUGGGCGGCGCCGCCGCCCCCAUCGCUCACCAAGCUGCCCAGCUGCUGGCGCGCAAGUGCCUCGCCUUCAAUCGCUGCAUGCCUUACACCGGAAGUAGGGACCUCGCCGUGGACCUCCUCAAGAUGAUCCCCGACAGCGAGGAGCAGCUGGUGCAGCUUUGCGCGUUCAGCACGGGGAGCAGCACCGAACUCGACGAGCUCCACCGCAAGUGUGAACUCCCCACGCUGGAGGAGUGUGCCGCCCUGGCCGAGUCGCACGCGGAAGCCGGGGAGGUGGAGCCCGCCGUGCGCCACGCGCUGCUCUCGCCCACGCCCGAGCGAGCGCUCGAGAUCGGACUCCCCGCUGUCAAGGAGCGGAUGAGCCGCGAGGGCUGGACGCUCGAGGAGGUGCUGCCGCUGCUGAAGCUGCUCGGCUCCAUCCAGACGGACCGCCUCAUGCUGCACCGCUGCAGCGACAUGCGUAACGAGCUGCUGAUCCUGUGCGGCUACGCGGGAGCGCUCUGGGCGAUGCGCCGCGGCUACUGGCCCGUCGUGCCGGCGCUCUACGAGUACACGAGCCAGCUGCUGCGGCGCCGCGACGUCUCCGUGCCGCUCCACGUGGACGAGCUGGCGCGCGAGCUCGACGCGUGGCGCCAUGCCGGCUGUCCCGGCACCACCUCGGCCGCAGCCACCCCAGCUGCUGCCGCCGCCGCCGCCGCCACCACCGCCGCACACGACUCGGCUAGCCCGGAGCAGCUGGCGCUGUUCGCGGAGCUGGAGCGGCGCGUCGGCUCGGAGGAGCUGGCGGCUCUGGUUGGGUAUGAUCACGUGACCGGCUCCAGCCUGCCCAGCCACGCCGACCUGCAACUCUCCUGCCUCACGGGCGCCGGCAUCCAGGGCCCGGUGUUUUUUCUCGAGGACGGGAAGUCGGCCAUCUCCCUCAACGAUGCCCUCAUGUGGGCCAAAGUGAACCCCUUCUCUCCCCUGGGCACGGGGCUACCAAUCAUCCCCUUCUGAUCCCUCACCUUCAACUCCUUUAUGUAAUUACAUGUAUGUAUGUUGAACCGUACGCAGCCAACUGCGCGAAUCGGAGGUGCGGGGGAAGGAUAACAAACUAAACACAAAAAGCAGUUCUAAGGAAAUUAGUUUUCAAUCUAGAUUUAAAAGUGCAUCGCUCCAGUGGCGUCCUAAUAUCGGAAGGAAGAGUUUUCCAGACACCCUCCGAAGCGCACCCGAAAGCGAGCGAUGCAGUGACCGUCCUUGUUCGAUGGCCAGCCAAAAGCCGCUGUAAGGAUGACCAGAGUUCAUGCGAUGGUUCAUGCUUCUCGACGAGGUCAGCGGGGAGCUGACCAACAGGGCCGUGGCGAGGCCCGGGGAUGGUGGAGCUACUAUAAAAAAAUACCCUGAAAAAUGUCUUAGCUGUUUUCUGCACUCAGCCAAGGCUGCCCCGCACCACCUUCCUACACCGGGAGGUUGUAGAUGUCACAUGUAGAUACUCUGUAGAUGCCGUGUGCUGUGAAGUGUCGGUCAGCCGCCCACUGUUGAGUAGGGUUGCCGCCACUCAGGCACAAAAGACCAGGACAUAUUCUUCAUAGAGAGAAGAAUAUCUGACAACGCCGGAAGUGAGUGAGAUCUACAUGUAAAUGCAUCGUUUUGAGCGGUGUAUUAUUACGCAACUGACAAAGACCGGCACUUGUAAUCAUUCAGAAUGGCUUACAGAUAACCCAGGAUGGCCAUUACCACAAGAGGACAAUCCUCAGAAAACCAGGACGGGUGGCGACGCUUCUAUCAUGGCCAACCCAUCAAAGUGCGGAGCUGCCACUUCUGUCCCAUCUCGUCUACAAUAAAAGUUUUAUUUUUUAAUUUGUCACUAAUAUACAGAAUUUUUUUUGUGUUUUUCAGGAAAAGCUGUGAUGGCUAUCAAGGGAGACCUGAGCAGCAGGUCUUGGUUAAGGGUACGGUUCCCGAGCCUGUUGCAAGGCUCACAUUGAAAUGACCAUCUCUACCCGCUGGACAAUUGAUACAGAGCUCUCGAAGGCCUGGUGGUUCAUAAUGGCUUAUGGUAGGGGAGGGACGUCUGGCUAGAGAGGAUGUGUAACUUGAUUAGGUGGAGUGUGUGGCACCUUCACUGUGGCCUUAUCGGUUUUGGAGUGAUUCAACUUACACAAGAAAAAUAGUCCAUCUGAUUUGCCCAGUAUUUGCUGAUGCGCUGGUGGGGUUGAUGGUGGCACUAUGCUAAAGAGUAGCUUUGAUAGACGUCUACGUGUAAAAUUCUCGAUAUAAUACAGCCUUCUUGCCCUCAUGGAUUUGUCUUAAUCGCUCCAACUUUAAUGGCAGUUCACGAUGAGUUGAGAAACUUUUAUUGUAACUACGAAGAGGCUAAAAUACAAGCGUUCCCACUGGAUAAAUAAUCAACCGGACUAUUGUAAAAAUGUGCCAGUUGUGAGAGCAGAGUACCAAUUUGAGUGCUUGUGAGGGAAAACAUGGCAAUGACUAAAACUGUUUUAAUUGAAGAAAUGUUCUGACUGAAGACAUUGCUUUUGUGGAAGACGUCAGGACUUUUGGCAGGGGUUUUGAGCCCCACUCUGCCAGAGGUCUACGUAAUCAAGAAUACAUUUUCUGUCGGACGGAGCAAAGCAUGUAAAAAUGUGUAGUGGGGAGUUCGUCGACGGAGGGAGUCUUUGUAGUUCAUGUUUUUGAUGUCGGCACUUGUGUAUGAUUACUUCUACUAAAUGUUAAUGGUCACGUCAUCCCAUGAAGGGAUAGUUUUUUUCCCUUCUUAUCUUCAGUCCGUGUCAUAAGCGUGUUUUUAAUUAUUGUACAUGACAGUUCGCGACUCUGGGGAGAAUUUAAAUUCUUUACCGGCGAUGUUGGCUUUUAGUUGCGUUUUUCUGGAAUGGCUGUGUUGUGUGUGCAAUUGUUUACGUAUGCAUGUUGAACUUCUUUCGCACCGUGCGUAGCCAACCGUGAUAAUGUUGGUAAAGAUAAAUAAUUGAAGUGGGAUGUAUAGUUUGUGUAAACCCCAAAAAAACAAGGCAAACUGUAUGUGGGUGGCAUCACCACUUUGUGCUGUGCAAAGCACACACGAGGAUAAGAAUUUGCAUUCAUACGGCUCUUAAGUGCCCCAGUAAAUCAAAUCACCUUGCAUUACAUCUCAUCUCAACCAUUGCAUUGCCUUGCUGCAGCAUAGCCAAGGGGCACCUCCAGUGGCAGCUGUCCCUGUGCAGCACAAUGUGGACGCAGCAGCCGGGUUGAGACUGGGCAUUAGUCUGCCAGUAAGGGGCCGAUCUGCCAAGUCGGGGGGCGAUGUUAAAUGAGCACCAUUGAAAUACUGUAUUAUAUGUACAUCGUCCACUGCAAUAUGAUUCCAACAGUUGAUGUCAUGUAUCUCUUUAUCUCGCAGCCCGCUGAUAUUUAUCACGUACAGUAAUGUUAAUGGGAUUUGGUUUUUGGUUCUUUCGGUAAAGUCACAUAGAAAGAAAAGAAAUUAAAUAAUUAAAUAGUUGUUUUCUUUCUAUGUGACUUUACCGAAAGAACCAAAUAGUAAUUUCUGCAGUCACGAAAGCUCCAAAUCAAGUUUAAUGGGAUUCGGUUUGUACAUCACAAAAGUGAAUACCAGACUGAGUAAAUAUUAUUCAGGAUUUCUUCCUGCUGCUGCUGAGCAAGAAUUCUCAGUCAAUAUACAAAUUAAGACGGAACUCUAUGAAAAAAACUGUUGAAGGCCAGUGGCGAAAUAUAGAAAAGUUUUCGGUUUAUUAUUUUGGAACAGAAAAUGCACCGUGUUUGUUUAUAUAUUAACCCAUUAGUUAUCGCUCUGGUGGGAACAAUCCAAUGAAAUAUUUGUAUUAUUAAAUUUGCAUAGCAUGUAGUGUAUACAUACAUUCAUACACACACAUAUGCCAUGUGUG